ACGAAAUUCAUAACCGAAGCCAAGGCUGACAUAACGGUGUCUAUCGAGCAAUUAAAUGAGACAUACCCUCAGCUGCCGGUGUGGUCGUCGGCACUGUCCACCACAUUCAUCAUAUCUGUUGUGCCAUAUAUGAUCCUAUUUCUGAUCCCGCUCAACGCCAAUACCCCGCAAUAUGUGUCGCAUCUGAGGAUAUGCUUAGGUUUGGCCGCCGGAGGACUUCUUGGCGACGCUUUCCUGCAUCUGAUCCCCGAAUCUCUGAACGCCAACAACAGCGCCGAUCACCUCAGUGUCGGUCUCUGGAUAUUAGGAGGAUUUCUGGGAUUUUUUAUCAUUGAGAAAAUUGUACGACUCGUCAAAAACUAUAGCAUUUCUGCGAGGAGUUCUCGUAAAGAAGUGGCAGUCAAUGGAAAUCAUAAUAACAAUCAGAUUUGCAAUAAUAAGAGUGCUUUCACUAAUGAAUGUCCAGUGAUUUGCGACAAAAUGCAAACAAAGCAGGAUUUAAAAGAAAAUCCUGUUUUGGAUAAUUACAAAGACAUUGAUAUCUCUGGUUAUCUGAAUCUUGUGGCGGAUUUAGUGCACAAUUUCACGGAUGGAUUAGCGAUAGGCAGCUCCUUCAUGGCCGGUCAUAACGUGGGUUUAGUGACAGGCAUUGCGAUUAUGGUUCACGAGAUUCCGCACGAGAUCGGAGACUAUGCGGUACUCAUAAAAUCGGGCUGUUCUCAGAAGCGGGCCAUGAGUUUGCAACUGUUGACAGCUAUCGGUGCCCUCACCGGCACUGUGGUCAGCCUCGCACUGGGAAAUACAGGCGAUAUGAGUGGCAGUUGGGUAUUGCCCUUCACUGGUGGUGGUUUCGUGUACAUCGGCACCGUUACUAUACUGCCUGAGCUCACACAACAAACCGAUUUAAUACAAACUUUUAAAGAAUUGUUUGCCCUUUUGUUCGGUAUAUUUAUUAUGGUUUUAAUUGUUUAAUCGGAUUUAAUUUAUUGUAAAAAAAUUUUAUGCUAACAAUAUGUGUUAUGUUUAUUUCAUCGAUAAUUUUAGUUUAGUCUACACUUGAGAGC